AUGCAACUUGUAUUACUAGUUGUAACACUAUUUCUUUGCACUAAUGGGCGACUCCAAGUACUUAACUUGACAAACUUUAAAGAGGCGAUAGACUCCAAUGAAUUGCUGUUAAUCAAAUUUGUUGUGAAAGAGUGUCCAUUGUGCAAGGAUUAUACUUACGAGUUUAACCAACUUUCGAUGUUCGCUCAAAUUCCUUUUGGAGAAAUAUCAUGCGAUGAACCGAACGACAAACUGUGCGAAAAAGAAGGACUUAGUGUUAUGCCGACGACUAUUUUGUAUAAGAAAGGAAAACAAUUUCGAAAGAUGUAUGGGAUGUACGAAUAUGGACAACUCAAGGAUUGGCUCCGUGAUAUGUUAUCUCCAGUUUAUUUAUUUGUAUCCACUCAAAGCGAGAUUCAAAGACUUUUAAACACUUCAUUUGCAGUUGCCAUUGUGUCGUAUCAGAGUAACGACCAAGCUAAACAAUAUGAAACGAUGAUGACUGAAAUAGCAGAAGAAACUAAACGAUACAAACAGCAGUUUGUGUGGAUAACAAACUCUUCUGUAAAUUGUCCACAAAUGUCUGUUCAUGUUUUGGACGACAACGGUGACUUAAAAGUGUCUGAAUUUGAACUUGUCUAUAACAAGAGCGUGAUUCUGUUUAAAUCAAUAUUGGCGUUUGUCCCCCCUUUCUCUAAGGCAAAGGUUGUACAGAACAGUCUCGAACAGGUCGACGUCCCAGUCUUAUUUUACUAUUACAUUUCUGCUAUGACGGGUGCAACUUUCAUGAAGAAGAUAGCAAGAAAGUACCAACUGAUUCUUCCAUUUGUGACACAACAAGUGUUUGAACCCCCAAAGGGACAUAACGGGAAAGACCAAAAAGUGUGGGUGUCUAUUCUUCAUGAUAUUGACGUGUAUCCAAUGCGCCAAAAUGUUACCGAGAAACACGUCGAAGAGUUUGUUGAAGACUUUUUGCAGGGGAAAAUUCGUCACGCUCGACGAGGCAGAAAAAGCACCUCCGCCUUCAUGUCAAAAGUUCCUCCACUCAUAACGUUGGACAACUUUGAUGUGUACACUUCGCAAACUUCUGCGAUUAUCGUUUGUCCAUUUUCCGAUCGAAAAUGCAUCGAAUACAUUGAUAAGGUGGUGGUCCCACUUUGCACCAAAUUCAAUCAGUCGAAUGUCACCAAUUUUCAAUUUGGUGUAGUUGAUAUUGAGCAAGAUGAAGUCGUUAAUGCGGACGUCUUGCAGAGUUACCCGACACUUUUGGUGUAUUCCGAUGACAAUUCACCUUACGUCUAUGCGAUAAAAAGUUACUCUGAAAAGGAGAUCUUAUCCGUCAUACAUGAGAAAGUCACUUCUCUCGAUUUGGACGUGUUCCUUCAAAUUCCAAAACACACAAACAAAAAGACUGAUAAUAUUAAAAUUGAUUUGUAA